GUGGAAAGCGCGCUUCCUGAGAAUUACUGUUUUGAUGAUGAUGAUGAUGCGAGUUGGGUCUGGGGUAUAUGCGACAGAAGCUGGGAGAAUCUGGGAUGGGAAGAGGGGAAGGGAGUGGAGGAGGCGAGAGAUGAAUGUGGAUGGAUGGAUGCACUUGAUGGGCUGAAAGUGAAACAGGCACCGUGGGGGGGCAACUAAAGAGGGAGGAGAAAGAGAGGCAAAACCGAUCGUGUUGAGCAUUCCCCGGGCGGUGGGACUGCUGGGGGCAAGCGGUCAGUUGUGGCAGUAUGCGGGCGUGGCAGUGGAAAGUGUGAAAGUGUGGAGAUGCCAUCGACUUGCCCCGGAAAUCUGCCACCCGCUGCGAUCCCACCCCCUCGGCCUCCCCGUGGUUCCCCUUUCCUCUCGGCGUGCCCUGGGGUUUUUGUUAAGCGAGACAUAAACAUGGCAUGGCGUAUGUGACUGUGUGUGACAAUAAUCACGACGAUGAUGCAGAAUGUCUCUCCCCUUCCCCUCUCCCCUCUUUUUCUUUUCUCGCCGAUUACCGCCUCCCCGCUUUAGUCCAACCGGGAAGCGCUCUCCGACUCGGGGUCCGUGAGACAAGAAUGAGCCUUCCAAGGUUGCCCCGCGGUAACUCAACCCCUUGGGGAUGUCGGAGCAAAUUGGAGCAUCUCAUAGGCGCCUGCUCACUGUCUUCCCGCGAACUGUUCGACCUCCGACCCGCGAUCAGUGGGUAUUACCCUCCCCCCGCCGAGAGAGCAUGCAGGGGUUGAAGCCCAACGGCGCUGUGCUGCAACCGUCACUUGUUGCUCUUCCCAGACCACAGCUCGGUUGAAGGCAUGACAACCCCGGCAAUAUCUCUGCCGGAUAUCACAUCCUGGAGGAAUGAGGAGUAACCCAUACCCCUCCUUUUUUUGGCUUUGCUUCCUCCGUCAUCGGAUGUAGAGUGUGUUCAGGCUUGCU